CGUAGCUGCGACACUGAGGCGAGGACGCCGCUGAAUACGGCUAGAAGGAUGCAGUGAAGGAGGCUUCGCUAAUUUACGGCCGGGCGAAAGGGUAGGUUUUAUCAAAUAACGGCGAACAUGAGCGUGGUCCAGGCCGGGCACGACGGCAGGGUGGACGGAGGCAGAGGGAGCCUCGGUGACAGCGGCGGCGGCUCCCCCAGGCUCCUCCAGCCGUGCGCUCAGCCUCCACACAGCAGCAGCGGCAGCAGCCGGACCAAAGAUGCCAGAUACCAGCAGCAGAGGCAUCAUGGAGGGUCCAUGCUCAAACAACCAUCGCACAACGAGCCGGCCGACGUCGUGAGGCGGGCUCUGGACUUCAAGAGCCAGGGUACCCAGUGCUACAAGGAUAAGAAGUACCGAGAGGCGAUCGGCAAGUACCACCGCGCUCUGCUGGAGAUUAAGGGGCUGUGCAGGGUGCUGGGGGAUCCGGACACCGGCUCUAAGCCGUCCUCGUCCCCCCUCCUACCGACCAUCAGCAAGUCCAGCACGCUGACAGACGAGCAGAAAGGAGCCAUGGAGAACGCAGAGCUGGAGUGUUACAACAGCCUGGCUGCCUGCUUGUUACAAAUGGAGCUGGUCAACUACGAGCGGGUGAAGGAGUACUGCCUGAAAGUGCUUCACAAGGAGGGAAAGAACUUCAAGGCUCUGUACCGCUCCGGCGUGGCGUAUUACCACCUUGGAGACUUCCAGAAGGCGCUGUACUACCUGAAGGAGUCACACAAACAGGAACCAUCAGACACCAACGUGAUCCGCUACAUCCAGCUGACAGAGAUGAAGAUUCGCCGGAACGCCCAAAGGGAAAAGAAGGAAGCGACAUAAGCACUCGCCGUCUGAUGACUCUGAAGACGUCGUAAUUUCUUGCCCUAAUGUGUGCAACCCAGACCUUACACACCACGAGUCCCAGGUCUCGGUGUGAACGUUAGUUUUGUUGCUUUUGCCUUGCACAGCAGCCAGUUAUGUGAUUGAACUUGAUCAUUGUGUGCUUGAUGCAUUUUUAUGAGAAAGUGUACUGUUAUUUUGUCUUCAAACUGCCAAAUUCAUGGAUGAAUCCCCCCUGAGUAUUUUUGAACCCUACCAAACUGAUGCACUGCCAGUCCAAACACUGCACAUACAGGCUAACACUUGUGAUAGAGACAGGAACAACAAGGUCCUCAGUGAGAAUCCAGCAUGUCUGCAAGUCCAGCGUUACUGCAAUCUAGCAUGUGCCCUCGCACAAGAUGUCCUUUGAAUGGCUUUGAGUAAAUGCAGCCACCUACACGUCUGUCACCACUUUUAUCCUCAAAGUACAAAGAUCAACAUUUUUAUACUCUCAGUGAGAUCUGAGGUGCUGAGUGAGACUUUACAAAACGUGGAGGUGAAGACAUCAAGAGCACGUGUUUAGAAGCUGCAGUAUGAACUUAAGAGACAUAUCACAAAAUGUAAAUAUGCUAAUUUAUAUAAAUACAAAAAAUAUAAUGGAGGCAAGCUGUUUGUGUGGAUUGAUGCCAAAACGAAGCACUUCAUUCACAACAUUUCUGUAUCGACAAAUAGUGUGUGUUUACUGUAAAGGUAUGAGUGUA